AUGGAUAACACGUCCGCCCCAGACGAUGGACUGCUCCAUGUCCCUGGGGACAGUCAGCCUCCUUCCACCAGCGUCGCCCAUCUCGCCAGCCAUAUCGUCGUCGGCAUGGCGGACGAAGAGCCCAACAAGGUCGCGAUCCACCACCGGUACACAAACUCGCCCCUCCCGAGGCCGCUCACACCCGCACCGUUUGCGGCCCUCGAGGACACCACCGACGAGCCCGAGCUCAUCGACUACUUUUCCCAGGCGCUCACGGCUGCCGACGCGCCAGAGGCAGACGCAGGCACAGACGCAGGCGCCCAAGGCCGCGACGAGGUUGAGCCAUGCGCCGAGAACGAAUGCGACUGCGACGACUGCGCCGCCUGCGCCGCCUGUGACAGCGACACCGAACGCGUCUCGGACGUGACCAUUGCCCAUGCCCUCAUCCCGCGCGAGCGUGCGCCCGAGCUCUACGCCGCCACCGAGAUUGCCGACAUUGACGGCAUCGCGUUCCCGCCCGUCCUCCAGCUGCUGGCCGAGGUGACGCCCAACCUGCACACUGUGCGCAUCCUCAACGUGCCGUCGUCCGGGUUCAAGGACGACUGGCCGAUUUCCGUCCCGACACUGAUCAUCUUCCACUGGCGCAUGAACUAUGAGUUUGGGCCGUGGGAUGGACCCAACCCGGACGAGGAAGAUACAGGGGACGCCGAGGACGACUGCGACUUUGUCGUCGAGCGCAGGUCGUCGUUGCCCAUUACGCCGUCCGAGAUUAUCAAUGGCGACGCCGUCGCGUUGGAACAGUCCUCACAUGCCCUGUCGCAGGCUCGUCGCCGCUCGACGUCGUUGCUAUCCACGUCCAGCCGCCCAAAGUCGCCCCUCUGCACGACCAAGUUUGUCCUCAACAUCAUCCCCUCGCACCCCACAAAGCCCAAGGUCCUCAAGGCGCUGGAACAGACCAUCGGCUCGCUCGCGACGCCCCUCAGCGAGAUUGUCAUCAUCUUCACCGUGGCAGACCUCGACGGAGAAACGUACACCCCCGCAAGCGACGACGACGAGCCCCCGCUCAAGCUCUUCCUCCUCACCCUGCUCAUGAUGUGCGGGUCCGGCGCCGAGAUCAUCCUCGUGGACUUUGACGACAUGAGCUGCGAGUGGCUCGACUUGCCGGACGGCACGUCGCCCGGCGUGUGCCGCGAGGUGUUCCGCCGCCUGGUGUGGGGAUGCCUCGAGGUGGGCUCUGGGGCCGAGGAACAGGACGCCGGGCGCCUCGCGCAGAUCAAGUCGGACCGCGUCACCUUCCUCACCCGCGAAGACUAUCUCACGCGUAUUGGCAAGCAGCAGUUUGCGCUCGAGACCGAGUGGGAAGGCAUGGUGCUCUGCGAGGAGGACGGAGACGUGAUUGGCGCCGCGGUGCAGGACUCGGAGGACAGCAUCGAGAAAGAGGACAACGCAAAGGACCUCGGGGUCGUCGAGGUCAAGGAAGUGGGUGUAGAGGACUCGCCUAGCGGGAGCGGGGUUGUUAUUGUGUCAUAA